UCCCCCUUUUACAGACGAAGGAACUGAGGCCCAGAGAAGUGAAGUGACUUGUGAAGGUCACACAAGCUGAAAAGUGGAGGAGUCGGCAUUAGAACCCACAACCUCUGACUCCCAAGCCCGGGCUCUUGCCAUGCUGCUUCUCACGCUGCUGUUUUUGCAGUGUCUCCCCUAGUCUCUGAACUAUAGUAGGGUUGCUUCUACUCUUUGGGCUCUUGUAGGGUGGCCCCCAGACUCUAGGUUUCGGUAGGGUCUCCCAGGAUCCCUGUGGUUUUAUAAGGUCUCCCUGAGUCCCCGAGUUAUUGUAGAGCCUCCCCAAGGUCCUCGGUUACUUUGCCAGGGCGGAUCUCUCAUCUGGGCAGCCGGAUCGUGAGGGCACAGAGCUGAGCGGCUGUCAAGUCCGUGGCCCCCAACGUCCCCCCAGCACCUCCAGCCUCAGGGAGGAUGAACAUCCUGGCACCGGUGCGGAGGGACCGCGUCCUGGCGGGGCUGCCCCAGUGCUUGCGGCAGGAGGCCGCCCUGCACACCCAUGGAGACUUCCACCCUCGCGUCAGCAAUGCCUGCCAGGAGCAGAGAACGGGCACCGUGGGCAGGUUUAAGAUCUCCAAAGUCAUUGUGGUGGGGGACCUGUCUGUGGGGAAGACCUGCCUGAUAAACAGGUUCUGCAAGGACACCUUUGACAAGAAUUACAAGGCCACCAUCGGGGUGGACUUUGAAAUGGAGAGAUUUGAGGUGUUGGGCGUCCCUUUCAGCCUGCAGCUCUGGGACACUGCAGGACAGGAGCGCUUCAAGUGCAUUGCGUCCACCUACUACCGCGGGGCCCAAGCCAUCGUCAUUGUGUUUGAUGUGAACAACGUUGCCUCCCUGGAACACACCAAGCAAUGGCUGGCCGAUGCGCUGAAGGAGAACGAUUCCUCCAACGUGCUGCUUUUCCUCGUGGGCUCCAAGAAGGACCUGAGUACACCGGCUCAGUAUGGGCUCGUCGAGAAGGAUGCUCUCCGCGUGGCCCGGGAGAUGAAAGCAGAAUACUGGGCUGUCUCCUCUCUCUCUGGGGAGAACGUGCGCGAGUUUUUCUUCCGCGUGGCGGCCCUGACCUUUGAGGCCAACGUCCUGGCGGAGCUGGAGAGGAGCAGUGCCCGGCGCAUCGGGGAGGUCAUCCGAAUCAACAGCAAUGACAGGGAUCUGUAUCAGACGACCGGCAAGAAGAAAGUCAAGUGUUGCCAGUGAACAACAGCAGGUUCCCAGGAUUCCCUCAGGGCCCGGACCAAGCCCGGGUGGAGUUCUGCCAUGGCCUCGGCCCUGCCCCCACUAACCACCCUCAAGCCUCCAGAGCCUGGUUGGACUUGGGUCAGCACAAAGCCAUCCCGACCAGGUCGGGGAAGAAUCUGGGUGGACUCUCAGGCCCCUGCAUUUCCCCACUUGGAAUUGAAAUGAGCCGGGCCCAGUUGGGAAAACUUGGAACGACCCUAUUGGGGGUGGGCGCUCUGGAGCCUGGCAGCUGACCCAAGGGCUUCGGGGUCCUCAAGACAACUUUGUGUAUCCAACACCCCCAGAGGUGAACUCCGCUCAGUUCCGGCGUGGCCCCCAAUCGCUUCCAGUUUGACUGUGCCCCGGUUGCCUCACCAACUCACGGUUGGCAUGGGCUGGCAUGAGCAGCAUCCAGUGCCAGACUGGACUGGGCAGAGGCGGCUUUCCUAGCAAGCCCAGAGCUCUAAGGCCGGAGCCAGGGUGCCUGCCCCAGGCUGGACGGACCAAUAUUUGCACUGUACUUUUUUGCAGACCAAAGAGCUGACCCUUCUGCCAGGGGAAGGCACCUGCUGGGCAUUGACACUGCCAUGGCAUCAAUCCUCCUUCUCUGCCCCCACGCCCCCCCCAGGGUACAGCUCAGCAGGCCAAACUGUGGUGCUGGAGGGAUCGCUGAGCAUGACUGAAUCCCCAGGAACUGCCCCAGACACCACCCUCCCCCUGCCCCUCUCUCAUGAAAUAAAAUCGCGUUUGUAUUUGG